UUUUGUGAAUCCACGCAAUCUGGAAAUUAGUGUGAGAAUUCCCAUGGAAAAACGUGGAUUCGUUGCAUUGACCAACAGAAAUCUGCUGGUUUGAAAGUUACUUCUGUGUGAGCUGUGCUUCAUACAUCACUACAAUAUUGACAAUAUACAAUCAACCUUUGUUUGCCUGUGAAAUUUUAAUGACAUUUUGCUAAUGUGAUCACACCUUUGCACUGUCAUUUUAACUAUUCCUACUUUAUUUGUGACUGUAAGCUAUAAAAGUAUAUACUGAAUUUUUUUAACCUGUCCCAAGUCCAAAAAAAAUUUGUAAAAUAUGUGGUACCCCUGUAAACACCAGGAAACCACAACAGCUCAGUAAACUUCUCUAAUAAGCUCUGCACUUUUCACACUCUUAUUAUCUGUUUGAGGCACAGUUGAUUUAUAAAAUGAAUCUCACCAACCAUCUGGUAUAUUUUUUUCUCACUUCUUUUUUUUUUUUUUUUUACUGCUUGCAUGUUGCUUGUUCUCUUAGUCUUGCUUAGAGGAAGUAAUUGAGCGUGAGAAAACUGCUUAAACAUUAUAUUAUAUACAAUUGUGUUACAAUUCUCAGUCAGUUAUUUUCAAAGAGUUUAAAAAGCAAACACACUGAUGACCCAAUUAGCAGUAAAUCAAGUCCCUCUAACUAUUUUUGAUAUUGACAUAAUAGAGAUAAAAACUUAACAUACUAAUGAUUCACAUUUCAGAGCUCUAUGUUUGCGAAAAUGCACCUUAGUGAUAAAUUUAAAUGUUUUAAAGGAAAUAGAGAGAGAGAGAGCCUGUUAUUGCAGUUUGUGGUUUCUAAGCAUGUGACGUGCUAGGUUUUCUUUGCUUUGCCCAUCACUUGUGCACAGAUGGCAAGCAGUAUAGAGAUGGCACACUCUGAUGAUACAAUGAGCUCCACGAGCAAUUACGACGAUCUUGAUUUUUCAUUGAACACCACAGAUGAAUAUGCUGACUACUACAGCCCAACCGAUUUGAUAUCGCUGCCUAUGUCCAAGGUCUACAUUCCUGUGCUGUACUUCAUCAUGUUUUUCAUUGGCUUCUUGGGGAACCUGUUUGUCAUUGUGGUCAUUGGCAAACGGCGUCAGAAAAAUGGUCGUCUUGUGGACACCUUCGUGCUGAACUUGGCAUUAGCCGACCUUGUGUUUGUUCUCACGUUGCCAUUGUGGGCGCUUUCAGCACGUUAUGAUGAGUGGAUCUUCGGUGAGGUCAUGUGCAAGAUCAGCAGCUUCAUCAUUGCGGUCAAUCGCUUUUCCAACAUUUUCUUCCUCACCUGCAUGAGCGUGGACCGGUACUUGGCUGUCGUGCGCCUCAUGGACUCUCAGUUCCUACGGAGCAGCAAGUGUGUGCAUAUCACCUGUGGCAUGGUGUGGAUCAUUUCUUUCUUCCUUGGAAUUCCAUCAUUGGUGUACCGUCGGCUGACAGACGAUAUAUGUUCGGAGGAUUCAAAAUCCUCUUUUGUCCAAGGAAUGAAUCUCCUGACUAUAUUUCUAACCUUCCUGCUCCCUGUACUGAUUCUAGGCCUCUGUUAUGGUUCGAUUUUGGUUAACCUGCGGCGUCACUGUCACAUCGCCACAAACUCACGUGCAGAAGCCAGGCGACGACAUUCUCUCAAGAUCGUGUUCGCCAUAAUUGCGGCUUUUCUGAUCUCCUGGCUUCCUUUCAAUUUGUUUAAGACCAUCCAAGUCAUCUCGCUGAUGAGCAAGGGAGAUCUUAGCAGGGGCACAAUGUCGAUCAUACUUAGUGGACUCACGCUGUCCUGCUGCCUGGCAUUUCUCAACAGUUGUGUAAAUCCAGCCAUCUACUUUUUUCUGGAUCAGUAUUUCAGGCGCAGAGCCUUGGUCAUGUGUCUGAGCUGCCUGGGUCAAGGAGACGCACACCAGAGCUACAUCUCCUCUUCUUUCUCUAAUGGCACUUCUGAGACUUACUCUGGUAAUACAUCAACCCGCGGACGGCUUUUCUCACUUACUCAGAAGGAGUGAAAUCUGUCUCUCUUUCUUUAUCAGUGAAACUAUCUAGUGAAACUGACAUGUACUUAAAAUCUGUAGUUUUAAGCAUUUGCUAAAAUAUCAAUUAAUCACACUGAGCAUUGUUCUGUACAUUUCUAUAUUUACAUUUCCUACAUUUAAAAUAGAUUAUAUAUUGGUGAACAUAUUACUCAGUCUACACGAGUCAUUAAAAUAAAUUCCUUUAAAUAAAUUGCAAACAAUGCAUGUUUGUAGACAUUUUGACAGUAAUCUAGAAAGUUCACUAAUCUACAUGGUCAUUAUAUAUUAAUUUAGUGACAAUUGUGCACGUUCAGAAAUUGUUUUGUUAUACUAUUAGAUGCAACUUUAAUAUAACUGGUUUCUUUUUUAUAUUUACUUGUGUAUGUUUGCUAAGUAAUACAAAUUUUGAGUAAUCUUCUGUACAUUAUUAUAUUUAAUUUACGUCAUAAAAAUACAUUAUGCAUUGGUAAACAUAUUACUUAAUGUACAAGAUCAAUUAAAUUAAAUUCGCAAGCAAUGUAAGCAUAUAUGGACACAUUUUUCACAUUAAUCUUCAGUAAUCUAGAAAGCAUUAUUAAUCUGUGUUAAUUACAUUGCUAUUUAGUGGCAAUUGUGAACAUAGUGAAUUUUUUUGUUAUGCUUAUGCUAUUCCUAGAUAGAAAGUUAAAAUAAAUGUUUUUAUGUAUUUACUUGUGUAUGUAUGGCAAGUAAUAAACUUUCUUACAGUAAUCA